CGGACGCCUGUGUUGAAACACACCGCUAAUGGUGAUCAAGGCCUAACACGAAUAAACGUGUGCGCAGAGGGUUCGAAAUAGUGUGUGGAUGAAUUCCGAGAAACUCAAUUGGAUUUUUGGCAUUUCUAGAAAAAAUGGAUGAAACCAAACUUGAAACUUUAAGACGAGAGUUUCAGAACCAGGAUUGUAUUGACGACCGUAUGUUCGUGGAAUGGUCCAACGUCUUGCUGGAAUGGGAGGUGAAAAAUGUUUAUUUGCCCUGCGAACUUGAAGUGCUUAUCCGUUACAAACUUGCACGCUAUGGCAUGGAGAGGAUUGUCGUCGAUGGUCGCAAAGGCAGUCCAUUGGAUUGGAGAACAUCGGUAACUCGCAUGACGCAGCUGAUUGAGGACAUCCAUUUGAAGACAGUUGAAGAUAUGGAGGAGCAUUUGGAUGAUGAAUUUUCACUCCGACUUCGAUUGGUUUUGGUGAAAUUGCAAGAGGUGGUGUACGUUGAAGAAUUGCGAGAUAUUCCUGUGCGAGAGAUGGAAUUUUGUCUUGCAAUGUUUAUUUUAACAAACUUGAAAGAAGCAGAGUACGGAAUUUAUAAAAUGUUGUUGCUGCCUGCUGAUGUGAUGAGGUAUCUGCGAGCAGUUGUGUCGUGUAUGGAAAAACGGAUAUCAGAUGAGGACGGCAGCAAAACAGUAAUGAAUGAAGACAUUUUGGAGCAGUUUGGAAAGUUGAAAAUAUGCAGCAGCAAAGUGAAAAAACUUUUCACCAUCAAAAGAAUUUGGAUGAACUUACUGGCAAUACUUGAUUAUGGCGACUAUGAAAGUUCUAGGGGAGUUCUAAUAUCGCUUGUAAGAACUCAAAUUGAAUGUGCAUCAUUCUGUCUUCCGAGUCUUACUAGACUCUGUGAGAAAUUGCUAAAGAUCAAAAGCUAUAUGGAAGAACAACCAAAUGAAACAAAUGGAAAAAUCAACAACACAAAGUUAUUUGUUCAAUUGUCAAAGCUGAAAAUAUUGGUAGGUAUUGAAUUGUUUCUUUUGAUAAGAAAUGAGUAUCAGAGUUUUCUAAGUAUUUUAGGAAGUUGUCAAUCGGUAAAACAAAUCAAAAUACUCUGUCGAUAUGUUGUAAGAGCUGAACAGAUUUCCACAUUUCAUGCAUUUGUGUAUCAUCAAAUUUCUGAAUUCUAUACUAAAUUAUUGCAACAAUCGGGGUCAGGUGCAGUAAAUCGUAAUGUAACAGAAAAACAUAAGAUUUUACGGAAGUUUGAAGCGAUUUGUAUUUCUUUCGACAGAAUUAAAUCAUGCGAAAUAGUAGAUCUAAUGGAGUAUAAUGCCGGUUUGGACAAAGUAAAAGUUCGUAUUCAUCAGGAAAUGGAAACGAAUGUGGAUAAAUCUACUGUUGAAUCGGUUCAUGAGCUAUGGAAUAUUUUUGAGCAGGAAACAUGGUUCCUAAAAGCCAACAUUCCGAGUAUCGAAUCAAGUGUAUCUCUGGUCACAAAUGGUUCGGAGAAUUCGCUUCAUGAUCUGAUCGAGAAAAUCAAAAUGAUUCUUGCUGACGUUAAGUGUUCUUCAAUUGAAGGUCUUUUAGAAAACUACCAAGAAUUACCUCAUUGUAUAAUAAUAAAGCUUCGGGCUAUGCUGAUCCGAUACCUCGAAGAACUGAAUAAGGUUUCCCAAUUUGAGGAUGAGCUCGAUUUCCUUAAAUGUGGUCAUCAGAUGUUUUAUGGCACGCGGUUUCUCGAUUUCUUGACCACGGAUUAUCCUAGCUAUGAGGUGUUUAUAAAAAAUUCCAAUUUGCAUAUUGUUAUGGGAGCAUUAUUGUUCACAGAUAUUUACAAGAAACGAGGGUUUGUAGAAACUAAUGGUUUGAAAGACAUUUCACGCGAUGGUCCAAAUUGGGUAGAAACUCAAAGAAAGCUAAAGUCAAGUUUCUUGAAUACUGAUGAUAAUCAGAUACUCGAAUGCAUUAAGCAAGGUGCCUAUCCUGAUGUUUACUUAUUCGAAUCAUUGAACGCUGAUAGCAGUGCAACUCUGAGGAAUAUAAUCACGAAACAACUUUACCUCAAAUUGAAAACAUUUUCUAAGUAUAUCAUUUCAGAACCUAUAAUGGUAGACCUCGUGCAUCGAAUGUUGACUGAUGAUUUCAAAAUUAAAGCGGCUUUAUCCUUGAAAAGAUAUGAUCAAGCUUUUUCGCUUUCAAAUAAGCAAAUUUGUGAUAUUAAUGAGACGUUUUUCUGUUGGGAAUCAUUCAUCUAUGCACUGGGUCAGAGUGAAGCUGGGAGUCAACUUUGGCAACCAAAAACAUUUUGUCACGUGACCCGGAAAUUAAUUGAUGUUGCGAACGUUCAAUCUCUCACAUAUUAUUUCACUUUUCUGAACAAACUAUUGCCAAGCAGUCAUGGUGAACUUUGUGCAAUGCUGCGAAUUAUAAAAUCAUCAAUUAGAACCAGUUUUAUUGAUGCGGAAAAUGCUGAUCGUUUAGAAAAUAUGAUUUCGUCAUUCAUAUUCGAACAGUGCAGAUUGUCAUUUGGAACAUGCAAAGAGUACGAUUAUUUGGAGCUUUUAAAGUCAAUUUCGUCAAUGCGAACAGAGAUUGAUAUAGAUCAGAAAGACAUUUGGAUGGCGCCAUCAUUCUGUUAUAAAAUUAUCGAUUGCCAAACAUUGAGCGAGCAACAGAGAAUUCUUCUUUUGAAAUUCUGUCAUGCACUUGGGAAUAAAUUUUGGAUUCAACCACCACAGCCGGUUUUGCCAGUAAUGACUUAUGCCCUUUCAAAAGGAUGUAAUGAAUUACUGAGCUUUUUGAUGGAUGUUAGUUGUCAAGAAUUCGAAGAUCUGCAUUCGCGGUUUAUGAUGAUCAUUCAGCAGUCUUCGGUAGACAUUUUUAAAUUAUUUUUAUCGUACCACAAAUUCAAUGAUGAACACACAUUCAAUUAUAUAUCCAAUGCGUUGCAAGAGAUGUACAUCAAGCAGAUUUACAUAUCCAGUGAACUACGGACUUUCCUCUUGCAUAAACUGGCUCAGUAUGGUUUCAAUGUGCUUUGCUCUAUUUCCACCGUUUCUAAGAACCCUAUGGAUUGGAUUGGUUCUAUACAGUCGAUUGUGAGAUAUGUUGAUCAUUUGAAAUAUCGCUCCGAUCGCGGCGAUUUUCUGGGGGUUGAUAACGAAGUUCUGUUUUACUUACGAAUGGUUCAUAAUCAACUCUUCUUUAUUAAAGACAAACCAAUUAUUUUUAUUAAAAAAAAUCACAAAAACGAACCUUACUUCGAACGCAUUCCUUUAAAAGAAAUGACAACUCUUUUGGCGAUUUUCCUGUCUUCUUUCAACUUGCAUGAAACUAUGACACCUGGUUCUGAAAGUUAUACGGUUUAUCGAAUGGUAUUGAAUAAACUUACACUUAUGAAGUAUCUUGAGUUUAUUGCAGGGCAACUACAACAUUUCCUUAGUUUGUUUUUCAAUUUGGUUGAACGUUUGAGUAACAUGAUAAAAGAUAGCGGUUCUAGUCCGAAGCGAAAGCAAAUUCAAUUUGAUUGGAGUCGUAUUUGCAGAAAUGACAAUUCCCUUCCGAAGCUCUCGGAUAAUAUUUGGAAUAGAAUAUUUUCGAAGAAGUUUUCUUCUCUGUUGACAAAAAACGCUGAGACAGUAGUGCAAAGCGUCCUAUUGUCCGAACCCAUUGAGUUCGAUUCCACAAAACGUUCAAAAACAAGCAAACAAAUUUCAAAAUUGUAUUACAGAGUUAAACAGUUGUACUCAUUGAAUAAGAUAUUCCAAAUAUUGCAACACAUUUCUUCCUAUGAUGACUGUAAGGAAAGAACUGUGGCAGCUUUGAAGCGGUUCAAUCAAAUAUUUGGAGAGAGCAUUAAGAAUACCAAAAACUCCCAGAAUUUGCCGAGUAAACUGAACCGCACCCUCAAUUAUCAGCUUCGAGACUACAUUUUGAUCGUCAAAAAAACUCGAGACGUCACAUGCCACGAUUAUCCUCUUGUUAAGAAAUUUCUUACCCUCGAAGAGCAAUACACGUUCUAUGCCCGUAUUGAACAGAAGCAGGUUAGAAUGUUGACGGUGACCGUUGCGAUGCUUUUGAUUUGCACUUAUUCGGAGUAUUGGCGUUGUCUAUUCGGUUCUUUGUAUCGGUGUCGUAGUUUACAUAAUUUUAAAUCGCUAAUUAAAUUUGUGGGUAAUCAGGAUAUCAUCGAGUCCUACCAAGUUCAGUGUUUAGAUGUCAUCUGUAAAUAUCAUGAUGAUAUUCAAGAGUCAUUGGAUGCCAUAAUGGUAGAUUUAUUCUCGUCCAGGGAGCUUCAAUCUUUUGAGCGAAUUAAAAAGAAUCACGGCAGAAGACUUGGAACCAUAGAGAAACUACGUGAGAAAAUCAAAGACAGUUUCGGUUUCAGGUUUCGAGAUAUUCAGAUCGCUGCCUUUUCCACCGGCAAUGUCCGUCAUUUGCUCUGCAUCAAUUUACUCCCAAAAGAUGACUACAAUAUCCGGGAGUACAUAGAAAAUACUUGGGUGGUGUUGGAUGAAGAUCAUAAAAUAUUGUCGAAAAAAAUAGAAUUAUUAGAGCACAAUGUAAACGAAUUGAAAUCAACACUGUUCAAUCUCGAAAUCAAUAGAGAAUCCAUGCAAGAAUAUCACAGUCACCAGGAGGUCCGUGAAAUUGUAAGCCGCUUACACAAGAUGUUGGUUGAUAAAAAUUGUCAUGAUAAACAUAUUUUAGAAAAUGCUCUCAACAAAAAAUUGGAUCAGAAGAAAUAUUUCAAUAACAUUUUCUUGAUCAAACAUAAAAUUAAGGCCAUCAGAGAUGUUUUUGAGAACACAACAUCGAAGCAACUGGAUGAUGAAAUCAAUGAAAUUGAGAAAAAAGAAAUUUCUGAGUUGGAAAACAUUUUCCGAAGCAUACAGCAAUCGAUUAGAAACGUCUACACCCAAUACAAUUGUUCCACGAUUGAACUACUGAUGGAAAAUAUUGCUCAAAUACCACAGAAGGCAGUACUAGCAAUUGAGUAUUGCCUCUUGGAGUUGUGUGAAAUUCUAACGAGCACCAAUCAGUUUCAAGAUAAUUUUCACACAAUCAAAUACGAUUUGCAGAUGAUAUGCGGAAGAAAUUUUCGUAACUAUUUAGCUCACGACUCAUUAUCGUAUGACAUUUUGACGUGCAGUUCACGUGUUAAGGUACUUAUCAAUGGUUUAGUUAUGGCAUGGAAGGAAUCUUGGAAACUGUUUGAAAUCCCUAAAUCCAACUCGUUAACGGGAAUCAACGAUCCAAAAACAAUGGGACCAAAAUGGCUGAAAGAACAGUUGUUGGAUUUUGAUUCAAUAGCAAAUUUUCGAGCCACUGAUGCCAUUGAUCUGAUUGGAAAUAGCGUGUUAACCUCAGGGAGAUUUUGGAUUCCAAAUGGUGUCUUUGAGGGCUUACUACCUUUACAACUGACCGAGAUGGUUCACUGCGUUAAAUCAGAUGAUUUGCGAAAGUAUGUAGAUCCUUUUUAUUCCAAUUCAGAAUCGAUGUUUUCUAGGGCCAUUCACAAUGGUGACUUUGAAAUGGCUGCUAUAGAAUUGAAUGGACAGUCAUGGUGUCAACGAAUCUGCCCACAAAACUAUCCAUGCUUUGGAGGCCUGUUGAAAUAUCUGCACCAGCAGGAGAAUAUUCGAGAGAUUCUAAGUGUUUUGGAAAUACUGAACACAGGAUAUUUUUUGUUUUCAGAUUCGCAAGGUUUUAUAGGCUAUCUCAAAAAUCACAAACCUGCUGAUUUGCAUGAUGCUCAAAUUCAUUCUAUUUAUUUGCGCAGUCCAUUAGAUUAUUUGCUUGAUUUGAUUCCUGAUGAUUCUGCCACUGUGGAUCAUUUGAUUGCUGCUAUUUUAGUAAAUCAUUUCGAAUACUUUGAGCACUUACUGAAGCUUCCAAGAAUUUUAAAACAUUUGGUGGGCAGUAAGUUUGAGACUUGUGCCAAGCUCUGUGCACGGUUUGGUCGCAUUGAAAUGCUCCUUGAUAUUAUAACCUUGCCGCCAUGUUCGCAAGCCAUAUUAGAUUUGACAUUGAGCGUUGCUACGAGGCAUCGACACUGGAAACUCGUGUCACUUCUUCAAACUGAGCACAGAGCCAAUCCUUGGAACUACAUGAACGAAUUCUAUGCCGGAGACUUGGCUAUUCGGAUGGGAAAUUUGAGCAUAUUCAAGAUGUUUCUGAAAAUCCUGUCGAACACGGAAUACAAUUUUCAAAGCCUUCUAUCAACGGUGGCUGAGUUCGGUUUGGUCCCCAUGGCACAAUUUCUGAUUAAAAUGGGAUGUGACGUUUGGCAAAACGAGAAAAUUUUGCUCCUAGCGAACGCCAACAAAAAAGACGCCAUGAUGCUUGAUGUUGUUGAAGAUUUAUUGUUCAAAUUCAAAAAAGCUGAUGAUAAGGAUGCUAAGCUGCAUGAAUGGAAGCGAGUGGUUCACGAAUGGGAAUUGCUUAAUAACUUCAAUGAAUCAUCAAGGCUUUUCUUGAACAACUAUCAACGUUCUGAAAAAAUGCUCAACAAAAUGCUUACAUUUGGAAAAAUGGACGAUGGUUGUUCGGUAACAAAAAUAGAAUCCAGCGUCAUUAAAUGCGAUGACCCACGAAUUAAUAUAUUCAGAUCCGUUCGUAAUUUGGCAAGUUUCGAUAUAAAUAUUAAAAGUAUGACCCCAACAGGACCUCCCCUGAGCGUACAAAUUGACUAUCAGAUGGAAUCUGAAGGUAUGAUCUCUGAUAUCGUUCUUGAUGUAUUCAACGCAAAGACUGACUUUCCAAGCAGUUUUACACUUUCAAAAUCCUACACCUCAAAGCCAUUUCCGAUAUUUGUUUGUUACGAUUUAAUCAAACUAGUGGAUAGUUGCACAUCAUCGUCUGCUAUAAUAGGUCAGUUUCAACUCGAAACUCAACAAAUUCGUUUCAUACGAGUUGGAUCGAGUCUGUACAUUGUGCAUAUUGGAAAAAUGGGCUCACCAACUUACUUAGAAGGAUUUUUCAACGCCACCAACAGAAGGGGGCAAACUAUUUUCAACAGUCUUCAUUCAGAUGUCGACAUAGAACUGAUUAAAAUAUUGCUUUCCACUGGUAUAGAUUUGACAGCAGUUGAUAAAUUUGGCAAAAACUCACUGAUGCUUACGUUGGAUGCCCUCUGCUCUUGGGAAGUUUUGGAAUUCUUACUCGAGCAUUGCUUCAAAAACAACAUACGAAGUGUCCAAAAUAUUCAUAUUUUCCAAAUGCAAGACCAUGAGGGAUGCACCCUGCUACAGUACGCAAUACUAGUCAGGCGGCUUAAUGUUGUGACAUUCCUGCUGAACCAUGGAGUUGAUCAGACUACACCCGACCAUUUAGGCAGGUUUCCUAUCCAUUAUGCUGUCUUGAGCGGAAGUUUAUUGAUUGCCGAUAUCUUAAUUGAUCGCAAGGAAAAUGUAGUGAAUGUGCUGCAAAUCCUAAGCAAGCACUCGCCUCUCAUGAUGGCGGUGAACAUGAAUAAUAUCCAGAUGGUCAAGUUGCUACUACGAAAAGGAGCUGACAUAAACCUUAGAAGUGACAAAGGUGAAACAGCCGUAGAAUGGGCAAUUUCUAUGGAACGGUAUAAUAUUCUUGUGGAAAUUUUGCACCAUGCCGGUUCUCUAGAAAUAGACGUUGUAAGUAACAUUGCUGGGGAUAGAGAAAAUGCCUUGCAACGCAGUUUGCUACAGGAUAAUUUGGAUAUUUUUAAAUUGAUUCUCGAGCAUAUGGUUUGUGGCCCUAUUGGUGCUAGCCGUGAAUCACUGAUUGCCAUGAAACAUAUUUUGCUUGCUAAGGAUUAUGACGGCAUGAACAUUUUUGAUUAUGCAUUUUUAUUAUUAAACAACAGAAUAUUCCUCUACCUUAAAGAAUGUGAAAAUCUCUAUGAAAAAGUAAUGGGAGAACCAUUACGUCAGAGUGAUUGCUCGUGGAUAUCCAUGCUUUCAAGGUUGGACUCAACCUCAGGUUCAACCUCAGAACAAGCUCUCAAGGAAAUAGAUGAUUUAGACUAA